CAUGUGUCCCUCCUGCCCCGCAGCCCGUGCUUUUCCUUUGCCCUUUGAGUCCGGUCCUGCGUUAUAUCGUCCGCCAAAUCCUUGGACUUUUCUCGGUGUAUGGAGAGGAGGACCGUGGCAACAAUUAAGACUCCAGUGAAGUGAGCAUCACGUUACAUGCACGGUACACACGGUGGGCAAUUUGCGGACGCGGACGCGUCUCUCCCAGGCUGGACGAGGCAAAGCUAUGCCAGCGGCAGCGGCGUCUUUCUUCCUGGUGAGGUGCGGGCCGACCGGUCAGACCCUGCUGCCUUGUUCUAGCGUUGCUGUCUACCCUGGCAGGUCCAUGCUGCUGGAUGUUAGUCCCAGAGCCACGCCCGCAGCAUGAGCGCCAACGGGCCCGCCCCAGGCCCAGUCCCCCCUACGGCCCCACAAGCCCCCGCCCCCGCCCCUGCUCCGGCGCCCGCCCCGGCGCCCACCCCGGCCCCAGCGCCGCCCCCCGCGCCCACCGUCCCGGCGGCCACAACCACCAUCCCGGUCGGGGCGCUAGCGCAGAAGAAGCGGCAGCAGUAUGCCAAAAGCAAGAAGCAGGGCAGUAACGCCAACAGCAGGCCGCCCAGGGCUCUGUUCUGCCUCAAACUCAACAACCCCAUACGCAGGGCCUGCAUCAGCCUGGUGGAGUGGAAGCCAUUUGAUAUCUUUAUAUUAAUUGCGAUUUUUGCCAACUGUAUGGCCUUAGCUGUCUAUAUUCCCUUUCCUGCAGAUGAUUCCAACUCCACAAACCACGACCUGGAAACAGUGGAAUAUGCCUUCCUCAUCAUUUUCACAAUUGAGACCUUCCUGAAGAUUAUUGCUUAUGGAUUGGUGGCACACCAGAAUGCAUACGUGAGAAACGGCUGGAACAUGCUGGAUUUCGUCAUUGUUGUGAUCGGGCUGUUCAGUGUCGUCUUGGAGGUCUUGACCAAAGAUGAGAAGGCGGAGGAAGCCGCUGCCGUGGCCGCCGCCGCCGCCGCUGCCGCCGCCGCCGCCGCCUCGGCCGCAUCCAACACCCACCCGUCCAUGCACGGCCACGGGGGCAAGCCCGGCGGCUUCGACGUCAAGGCCCUGCGCGCCUUCCGCGUGCUGAGGCCCCUGCGCCUGGUCUCAGGAGUACCCAGUUUACAGGUGGUGCUGAACUCCAUCAUCAAAGCCAUGGUCCCCCUCCUGCACAUCGCUCUCCUGGUUUUGUUCGUUAUCAUCAUCUAUGCUAUUAUCGGCCUGGAGCUUUUCAUCGGAAAGAUGCACGCUACCUGCUAUAUCCCAGGCACAGUGGACAUCAUAGCGGAGGACAACCCGGCUCCGUGUGCCAUCUCAGGCCACGGCCGCACCUGCUCCAUGAACGGCACCGUGUGCAGGGAGGGCUGGCACGGCCCCAACGACGGCAUCACCAACUUCGACAACUUCAUGUUUGCCAUGUUGACGGUGUUCCAGUGCAUCACCAUGGAGGGCUGGACAGAUGUGCUGUACUGGAUGAACGAUGCGAUGGGCUUGGAGCUUCCAUGGGUGUACUUUGUCAGUCUCGUGAUCUUCGGCUCUUUUUUCGUUCUUAACCUGGUUCUGGGUGUGUUGAGCGGAGAGUUCUCUAAGGAGAGGGAGAAGGCCAAAGCGCGCGGAGACUUCCAGAAGCUGCGGGAGAAGCAGCAGUUGGAGGAGGACCUGAAGGGGUACCUGGAUUGGAUCACCCAGGCCGAGGACAUCGACCCCGAGAACGAGGACGAGGGCGACGAGGGGAGCAAGCGUAACCGAGUGACUCUGGCUGACCUCACAGAGAAGAAGAAAGGAAGGGCCUUUGGGUGGUUCAGCCAGUCCUCCGAGACACAUGCGAGUGUGCCGGCCAGUGAGACAGAGUCUGUGAACACAGAGAAUCCCAACGGAGAGGAUGAGAAGGCGCCAUGUUGUGGGCCUUUUUGUCAAAAAAUUUCCAAGUCAAAGUUCAGUCGGCGCUGGCGUCGAUGGAACAGGUGCUGUCGAAGGAACUGCCGGUUUGCGGUGAAAUCGGUGCCUUUCUAUUGGUUGGUCAUCAUCCUGGUGUUCCUCAACACGCUCACCAUCUCAUCCGAACACUACAACCAACCCGAUUGGUUGACGCAAGUCCAAGACGUGGCCAACAAGGUGCUGCUGGCCAUGUUCACGUGUGAGAUGCUGGUGAAGAUGUACAGCCUGGGGCUGCAGUGCUACUUUGUGUCCCUGUUCAACCGCUUCGACUGCUUCGUGGUGUGCGGGGGCAUCACGGAGACCAUCCUGGUGGAGCUGGAGAUCAUGCCUCCUCUCGGCAUCUCUGUGUUCCGCUGUGUCCGCCUGCUCCGGAUCUUCAAGGUCACACGCCAUUGGCAAUCUCUGAGCAACCUGGUGGCGUCCCUGCUGAACUCUAUGAAGUCCAUCGCCUCCCUGCUACUGCUGCUCUUCCUCUUCAUCAUCAUCUUCUCCCUGCUGGGCAUGCAGGUGUUUGGGGGCAAGUUCAACUUUGAUGAGACCCAGACCAAGAGGAGCACCUUUGACAACUUUCCCCAGGCCCUGCUCACCGUCUUUCAGAUCCUGACCGGAGAGGACUGGAACGCCGUCAUGUACGACGGUAUCAUGGCGUACGGCGGGCCCUCCUCCACAGGGAUGAUCGUCUCCAUCUACUUCAUCAUCCUCUUCAUCUGCGGAAACUACAUCCUCCUGAACGUCUUCUUGGCCAUCGCUGUGGACAACUUGGCCGACGCUGACUCUCUCAACGCCCCCGCGGACAAGAAGGACAUAAAGGAUGACGAGAAAGACGAGAAGGAGGAGGAGGAGGAGAUCGAGGACAACGCCGCAGAGGAGGACGACCCGGAGGUGCCGUCGGGCCCGCGGCCGCCUAUCUCGGAGCUGGUGAAGAAGGAGAAGAUCACCCCCAUCCCGGAGGGCAGCGCCUUCUUCAUCUUCAGCAACACCAACCCGAUUCGCGUUGGAUGCCAUAAGCUGAUCAACCACCACAUCUUCACCAACCUCAUCCUGGUCUUCAUCAUGCUCAGUUCGGCCUCCCUGGCAGCAGAGGACCCCAUCCGCAACUUCUCAGCACGGAACAUUAUACUUGGUUACUUUGACUAUGCUUUCACGGCUAUCUUUACUGUUGAGAUCGUGUUGAAGAUGACCACCUACGGAGCCUUCCUUCAUAAAGGAGCCUUCUGCAGGAAUUACUUUAACCUUCUGGACCUGUUGGUGGUGGGCGUGUCCCUGGUGUCCUUUGGCAUUCAGACCUCUGCCAUAUCGGUGGUGAAGAUUCUCCGGGUGCUGCGAGUGCUUCGGCCCCUGAGGGCCAUUAACAGAGCCAAGGGCCUGAAGCAUGUGGUCCAGUGUGUGUUCGUGGCCAUCCGUACCAUCGGUAACAUCAUGAUCGUCACCACGCUGCUGCAGUUCAUGUUCGCCUGCAUAGGAGUCCAACUCUUCAAGGGAAAGUUUUAUCGCUGCACGGACGAAGGAAAGUCAAACGCAGAUGAGUGCAAAGGGACGUACAUCCUGUACAAGGACGGAGACGUGAACCAGCCCGCCAUCCACAAGAGGCUGUGGCUCAACAGCGAGUUCAACUUCGACAACGUCCUCAUGGCCAUGAUGGCGCUGUUCACCGUGUCCACCUUUGAGGGCUGGCCCGCGUUGUUGUACAAGGCCAUUGACUCAAACAGGGAGAACCUGGGGCCCAUUUACAACUACCGCGUGGAGAUCUCCAUCUUCUUCAUCAUCUACAUCAUCAUCAUCGCCUUCUUCAUGAUGAAUAUCUUUGUAGGUUUUGUCAUUGUCACGUUUCAGGAGCAGGGAGAGAAAGAGUACAAAAACUGUGAACUCGACAAAAACCAGCGCCAGUGUGUGGAGUACGCCCUCAAGGCACGGCCAUUGAGGCGAUACAUCCCCAAGAACCCGUACCAGUACAAGUUCUGGUACGUGGUCAACUCCACGGGCUUUGAGUACAUCAUGUUUGUGCUCAUCAUGCUCAACACGCUGUGCCUCGCUGUACAGCAUUAUGGGCAGUCAGCGACCUUCAACUAUGUGAUGGACAUCCUCAACAUGGUCUUUACUACGGUUUUCACUGUAGAGAUGUUCCUCAAACUCAUCGCUUUCAAACCCAGGCACUAUUUCACUGAUGCUUGGAACACGUUUGAUGCCUUAAUUGUUGUCGGUAGCGUCGUCGACAUUGCUAUCACUGAAGUGAAUCCAACGGAGACUCCUCAGGUGGAUGAGCAGGGGAACACGGAGGACAGCGCGCGCAUCUCCAUCACCUUCUUCCGUCUCUUCCGAGUCAUGCGAUUGGUCAAGCUGCUGAGCAGGGGGGAGGGCAUCCGCACGCUGCUGUGGACCUUCAUCAAGUCCUUCCAGGCCCUGCCCUAUGUGGCCCUUCUGAUCGCCAUGUUGUUCUUUAUCUACGCUGUCAUCGGCAUGCAGGUGUUUGGUAAGAUCGCCAUGGUGGACCACACGCACAUCAACCGAAACAACAACUUCCAGACCUUUCCACAGGCUGUGCUUCUGCUGUUCAGGUGUGCUACGGGUGAAGCAUGGCAGGAGAUCAUGCUAGCCUGCAUGCCGGGCAAACUGUGUGACCCGGAGUCAGACUACAACCCCGGAGAAGAGAUGACUUGCGGCAGCGGAUUCGCUGUCAUCUACUUCAUCUCUUUCUACAUGCUCUGCGCCUUCUUGAUUAUCAACUUGUUUGUGGCCGUCAUCAUGGAUAACUUUGACUAUCUCACGCGUGAUUGGUCGAUUCUGGGGCCGCACCACCUGGACGAGUUCAAGAGGAUCUGGUCUGAGUAUGACCCCGAGGCGAAAGGGAGAAUCAAACACCUGGAUGUUGUCACACUCCUCCGUCGGAUCCAACCGCCUCUCGGCUUCGGCAAGCUAUGCCCACACAGAGUGGCAUGCAAGAGGUUGGUUGCUAUGAACAUGCCUUUGAACAGCGAUGGGACGGUCAUGUUCAACGCCACCCUGUUCGCUCUGGUGCGCACCGCCCUGAAGAUCAAAACAGAGGGUAAUCUGGAGCAGGCCAAUGAGGAGCUGCGGGCUGUCAUCAAGAAGAUCUGGAAGAGAACUAGCAUGAAGCUGCUGGAUCAAGUGGUUCCCCCUGCUGGUGAUGAUGAGGUUACCGUGGGGAAGUUCUAUGCCACCUUCCUGAUACAGGACUACUUUAGGAAAUUCAAGAAACGUAAAGAGGAGGGCCUGGUGGGAGCGCACCCGACCCAAAACAACACGGCCAUCGCCCUUCAGGCUGGUCUCCGCACACUCCAUGAUAUUGGGCCGGAAAUCCGCCGAGCGAUAUCAUGUGAUCUGCAGGACGAUGAACUUGUAGACUUUAUCCCAGAGGAGGACGAGGAAAUUUAUAGGCGCAACGGCGGCCUGUUCGGCAACCACGUGAUGAACGGCGGCCACCGGCGUGCGGAGCAGCACCAGACCAACGCCACGCAGCGCCCCCUGCAGGUGCAGCCGCCGCCGCACUACGCCCACAUGGAGGAGCAGCCGGCGGGCCGCCUGGGCCGCGCCAACGCCAUGUCGCACCCCAACAACAACCACCACCACCCGCACCACCACCACCACAACCGCCACCACCACCACCACCACAACUCCUACAGCAAGUCGCCCAAGUCCACCAACAUCAACCUGAACAACGCCAACGCCUCCACGUUGCCCAACGGCGGCGGAGGCGGCGGCGGCGGCCACCACCACCACCAGCAGCAGCAGCAGCAGCGCCGCUACUGCGACCACGCCGCCGCCCCCACGGCGCCCAACGGCUACCCGGGCCACCGCGGGCCCCCCGCCGGCAGCAACGGCGCCUACUACGAGUACGAGAAGCCGCGCACCCCGCAGGGUCAAAGGCGACGCUACGUUGAGACGUAUGUUAGGACCCACACGGGGGACAGCCGCCACCCCACCAUCCGCAGGGAGGAGGAGUUUGAGGAGGACCGCUACUCUGGAGAGUACUACAGCGGGGAGGAGUUCUACGAGGACGACAGCAUGCUGUCCGGAGAGAGGUAUCCGAACAGCGACACAGAGUACGAGACGCCCAAAGGUUACCACCACCCCGACAGUUACUAUGACGACGACGAGCAGCCGCUCUACCGCGAUUCACGUAGGUCGCCGAAACGACGACAGCUUCCUGCCACGCCUCAAGCUCAUAGGAGGCCCUCCUUCAACUUUGAGUGUCUGCGCCGGCAGGGGAGCCAGGACGAGCUACCCCACCAGCGCACGGCUCUGCCCCUGCACCUCAUGCAGCACCAGGUGAUGGCCGUCGCCGGCCUGGACUCCAGCCGGGCGCAGCGCCUCUCCCCGACCCGCUCCACCCGCUCCUGGGCCACGCCCCCGGCCACGCCCGGCAGCAAGGACCAGUCGCCCUACUACACACCCAUGAUCCGCGUGGACCACCCCCGCCGCGAGAGCCUGGCCAACAGCCACGUGCCCGACCGCAAGAGCUCCUGGUACACGGACGACCCCGAGUUCUCCCUGAGGACCUACUCGCCCGCCCACCUGCAGGUGCCCCCAGGGUACCGCAGCCAGUACCACCAGAAGAGGGGCAGCGCCACCAGCCUGGUGGAGGCGGUGCUGAUCUCGGAGGGCCUGGGCCGCUACGCCAAGGACCCCAAGUUCGUGGCGGCCACCAAGCACGAGAUCGCCGACGCGUGCGAAAUGACCAUCGACGAGAUGGAGAGCGCCGCCAGCCACCUGCUGAACGGGGGCGUGGCGCCGGGGCUGAACGGCGGCGUCACGGUGUUCCCCGUGGCCACGCCCCGGGACUACGACUCCCAGGACGCCGCGGCCAGCUACAGCGACGAGGAGCCCGACGGCCCGCGGCGGGCGUCGUACGAGGAGGACCUGGCCGACGAGAUGAUCUGCAUCACCACGUUAUAGCAGCGGCCCCCAGAGCCACGGAGGACCACGGCCCGGCCGGGGGGGGUUGGGUCAGGGGGAACUACACGAACAACACAACAGCAACUGCUAAGGAACACAAAAAGAAAGCAUCUAUUGGCUCCGACCAAAAGAAGUGCCUUUUACGUUGAGGAAAAAGGCACCUGAGAGAGACGCACGACGGACCACGUCUCCCCCCCACCCCCCCGCCUGGCAGUGGGGGCGGGGGACGAGGAGCCGGCCAGCCCGCCCACUGCUCCAAGCGGGACUGAUGACACACACACACACACACACUCAUACACCCCCUCCCCCCCCAUCCUGUCAUGAGUCACGGCACGCGGCUCAAACACUGGGCCCGCCCCUGCAGCCAAUCGACCCGGGCGGAUCGGGCUGUCACUCAGAGAGAGACACGGACUCAUUGGCCAGGGCGGUGUGUGUGUGUGUGGCGCCGGGAAGGCGGGCCUCUUAGGGUGAUGACAAUCAGAUGUAAGAUGUCAUUACCUCUGUCACUUUAAUUUGGUUUGGCAUAUCAUGCAAUUUUUCAAUGCAAGUAUAUAGAAAGGCAUAUCCACUCCACCUCUCCCUUAGACGUUAGACGUUAGACAUGAUACUUUGAUUCCCCGUCGUCGUUAGAGCCGUUCCAGUAGAUGAGCCACCGUGAGAUGAACCAGAGUAGAGUUUCACAUGAUUAUGCAGAAUAUAGCUGUCCUACAAAUAGCAUCGUUCAACUUGAGAUAUACACUUUUAAAGGGACAAAAAGCAUUUGUAAUGAAUGCACUAGCAGGCAGGUUAUUUACAUUUUUAGAAUAGCCUGAACCAUAUUUCCUAGUUGUAUAGUUGUAUUAUAUAACAAAAAGAAACUUUGUAAAGAGAUCUUCUAUAUUUUGUAAUUACAUACUAUUUAAAAAUAUCAGCAAUAUGAACCCUUGUGACUCCUGUUCUGCUAACAAAAGCAACGUAUCUUCUCUUUGUUUUAUUAAGUACACUCUACGGACUGAUUUCUUUGCCUUUUUACUUUCUGCUGAUAUUCACUCUUUAAGUUGCCUGUGAACACAGCAUUCUGGGACGUUAUCAUUGUGUGUGAGUAGUACGCCGCUGCACAGGAUAUGCAAACGUCUGUUAAGAGCGUGCCAGGUCCGUGUGUUUACUAUGCCACCUGAACCACACCAGUUGCAUCCAGUAGAGUUCCCUUUACGGUGGGAUUUCGCUUCUCGAGGAACCCUGUGCUGUACUUUUCUAAGGAUCGCGACACACUUCCUUUUGUUCCGUUGUCGUCGUUUGCGUUGCGUUGUGCCGGAGAUCAAGGGUGCAUGGCCCACGCUGCUUCUUCUUUCGCUGUUUUCCAAGUCUACGCUAGGUUUUCGUCAGCCCUACUGAAAUGCCUUUUGCUGCUGAAAAAGAAAGAGUCACGAGAGAUGCUAAAAAAAAACAAAAAACAGGGAUUACAUUCAUUCGUCUCACAGUCGCUUGUGUCGGAACGUGCUUUCCUCUUAAGCGUAACGUUGGCCGUGCUCGUACGCGGUACCACGGCGUUGCUCCAUUAACACUUUGUACUGAAUCUUCCAAAACACACCCUAGCCUUGGUGGUAUGUGUGUGUGUGUGCGUGUGAGCGCUUGAGGAGCCCAGUCGGAGAGCCAGACCCUCCCAGUCCAGACAGUCCGACGGGGUGUGACCGCAGCGCAGGUGGGAAACCGACCGCAGGUGUGCUCUGGGCGGGACUAUGGCCCCAGGUGGAGAGAGACUAAGCAAUACUACCUGUACCUUCUCCCUUCUCCCCCUUCUCCCUCCUCUUCCUCAUGCCCCUCCUCUUCCUCAUCCCCAUCUCUCUCUCUCUCUCUGCCUGUGUGGUUCCUGCAUACAGUUUACCUCGUUAGGCAUGGGGGCGAGGGGUGCUGGGGGUGGUGGGGGCGGGGCAACAUAUCAGUGUGUAUUCGCCUGGUCUGUUGUAGUCACUUGAUCCACGCUGGAGCAGAGCUUUUGGGUUGGAGAGGGGUUGAACGCGAGUAGGCAGGUGCUGCCCUAUUAAAUCUGGUCUUUCAUAUGUUUUGUAACGGAACGAUUGAACUCUGGAUGUUUCUUUACAUUGAGGACAUUGGGGAGCUAGGGGUGUGGGGGCUGAUUUUGGGCCCCCACCGAUGUCUUUUUGGCUCUCAUUUUGCUAUGAGACUAAGAUAAAUUAAUUAUUAGAUACAAUUAAAAAAUUUAAUUCCUAACGCUUUUACUGGGGUAAAUGCUUUGAUGUAUAGGCAUGUAAGACAACCAGGAGUAGUGGGAGUUGGCACAGAGGAGAUUGAGUUGGCUACAACAACUAUGGGAUUUGUAGUUCAUGGGUGUUUGAUUUGUAGUUUAGAGUGCUGUACUGUACUCUCGAUUCAACCGAAUACUGUCAUGAAAAUGUAGGUUUUCCACUUUGUGUGCACAUUGAAAGGGCUCUUUGACUUGUUUGUGAGUAAAAAAAAGAAAUGUGUUCUCGUCCUUUUGUUUGAGACCCAUCAUAUAAAAGGACCAAUGCACAUAACAGGCACAUUGUACUAUUCGUAGCAAUUAAAGUACUGAUGAACUGAAGAUAUGCAUUAUUUUGUAAAACAAUUUUCAAAGGGUUGUGUUGAACUAAUUGAUAAAAAACAACGUACUUUUACCUCAUGUCAGGGACUCCUGAAGUAAAAGAGAAGAGCGUCGAUUGGUUCCCUCUAUACCAAUGGUAUUUAAAAUAUUAGCACAUAGCUGUUUGUCUUUGCACAAGUAUCUGUAUAGUGCUUUUGUUUCCCUUUUUCUAAAACAAAUUUGUGUAUUAAGGUGAGACAAUUUUGUACUUUUGUGACUGUGUGUAUGGUUUAGUGAACUCUAUAUUUGUCAUUUACACCUCACCUUACAACGCUGGGACUGAAAGAGUAUAUUUAAAAAAAAAAAUCUCUAUUUUUUUUCAAGGGGCAACUGUUUCUUUGUUUGCGGCUGAGAAAAAAAAGUCAAAAGGUUAAGAGUCAGUUUACAGAGAAACGCCUAUUGAUUUGAAAAAGUUUAUUAGUUUUCAUUCUAUUGCUAUGAUUCUAAUUAUUAUUACAAAAUAUUAAUGUUAUGAGAUAUGUAUUAAAAUAGAAGAUAAUGUAAACUAUGUACAAAAGUAUGGACAGACCCUCUACUUGAAAGUCUUGAUAUUUGCUCUGUAAUGUUUUUAUUCAGUCAACAUGAUUUCUCUUAGUAGCAAAAUGCUUCACUGUAUCCCUCUAGGUUUUGUAUUAAUACAUUUUUUGUAUAUUUCCAUUUUAUUUUGGCCUUGACAUUAUUUGAAUCAAUACUGAUAUUUUAUUUUGUAAUGGUUAUUACUGAAUAAACUUAUGCUAAAAUACG